CCGAUUACACACCUCCCUCACGUAGUCUCCCUUAGGCAGACCACAAUAGAAUGAAGAUAGUCGUUCCUUCUAUAUUAUGUCCCUCGCGUGACGUUGGGGCCUGACUUUUGCAAAUUUAGUAGAACAAGCAGGUUUGUAACACAAUAGGUAGAAGGCCACUCUAUUGUUCCACAACAAUGUGCGAUGUGGCAUUACUGCUAGCCUACCCACUCAAUAUUUAUCGAGUACAACGUUCUCCGCGCUCUCCAAGCUUAACUAUCUAACGAUCAGAACCAGAAUGCGGUACCCAACUCCUUCAUCGACCAAGCCAUCCGAAAGUUCGCGGGUCACAAAACAUCCUUCUCGAACCUCAAAAGACAACGCCGCGCCCUCUAAAGGUGUUCAUGCUCGCAAGCAAGUCCUCAAAGCAUUCACUAGACGUGCUUCGCAUUACGAUCCUCUACCACCACGCAUCACAGUCCACGGAUUACCUGGUUAUACUGGCGGCAUCCUGCCACCCGAUGCAGUAGACCCUCGCCCAACCGCGGUGACCUUAAACAGCCUCGAAUGUAUUCGCACAUUAGGCGAUGGUGCUUAUGGUCAUGUCAUACUCGUACGAACUCUCAAUCAUCCAAACUCACGGAAACUGGAACGCCCGGGAUCACUAUUCGCCGUGAAAGUUCUCUCCAAAGAAAGGAUGAAACUGAUCGAUCAGAAACACCCUGCGGAUACUAAUGCCGAGAGAACACACCUGUCGGAACUGUCCUGGAGUCCCUGGGUGAACGGUGUCGUAGGCGCCUUCAGGGACGAAUCGAACCUUUACCUCAUGCUCGAGUUUAUACCGAGCGGAUGCUUCUACGACGUGAUUCAAACGCGCGGCCCCUUCGAUGCUGCCACUGCCCGGUUUUAUUUCGCCAAUAUCGUGGCUGGACUGUAUUUCCUACAUGGAGAAGGAAUUAUUCAUCGCGAUCUCAAACCGGCAAAUAUCCUCGUUAGACCCGAUGGGUAUUUGACGAUUGCAGAUUUUGGAUACGCACGUCGAGAUGAUGACGAGAGCGGACCAAUCACAGAAUGGUUGAUGAUCGGGACGCCGAUUUACAUGGCUCCUGAGGUCUUAUGUUACCAACAUAUGACAGGUCGAAGCGUCGACUGGUGGGCGGCGGGCGUCACAUUGUACGAAAUGAUCACGAAGAGAACGCCAUUCUUCGGUACAGAUGAAAAUAAAAUAUUCAAGAGGAUCUCCUCGGGGAAAUACAAGUGGCCCAAGGGCCUCCGCGUGGGCGCGUCACUCAAGUCCAUCGUCGCAAGUCUCCUGAACACGACAGCCGAACAUCGUCUGGGUGUCAAUGAUUCAGUUCUCGAACACCCAUGGCUCAACAACAUUGAUUGGGAUAAGAUGCAGGCUGGUCGCUACUUGGCCCCUUGGAUUCCUGGAGUGCCUGCGCCCACCCAGACAUGGCUAAGCAAGGGCCUGCCGCCGCCGCACUGCAUCCCUGAUCCUGAAAGUUUUCCCACCAGCUGUGCACCGCGAAUGGGAUGACCGUCUACCCAGGAGGAAAUUAGCUGUUUAGCUGAGUUUGGCUACCAUAUCUCAUUUAUUGUCACUUGUCACUUGAUGUGACUUGCCUGCGUUGUUUAUACCACUGUACAUUCUCCGAUAGUUACACAAUUCAAACCUGCUUAUCUUCAUGUCA